UGCGCAGCCAGAAAACCACCUUGAAACGUGCACCGCUCAGACCACCGCAGCAAAAGAGACAUUCAUUGGUUUGGAUAAUAUAUUCUAUUCAUUCCAUUCGAAGAUGGCGAUAAGAGACGGCAAGGACGAUGAAGAAGGCGAGGUGGUGGAUGAGCCUCAAGAUCGAAAGCAACCAGGAGGAAAGCAACCAGGAGGAGAAGAGUCUGCCGUUGGAACGAAGCGAUCCGCCACCUCGCGGUUGGAGGAGCUGUCAUCUUCAGGUGUUUAUAUUCCACCUGCCAAGCGCCGUCAAUUGGAGAAACAAGCCGCAGAAGAACGGAAACAGCAAGCUGACGAUGAGAAAGAUGACAUUGAAAGGAAAGAAGUUGAUUCGAUGGUUUCAGCUCAACAACAACGCAAGUCUUGGGAAGACGAAAAGCGCGUUGUUCACGGCACGAUCAAUAGACUCAAUGAAGAAACAGUCAAACCCUUGAUUCAUGACCUCUUCGACAAGGUCAACUUGAUUCGUCUACGGGGCGUACUCGCAAAGUCCGUGCUUCAGGCAGCCGUGAGCUCCCCUCGGUAUUCCAACGUCUACGCUGCUCUCAUCUCGGUCAUCAACAGCAAGCUGCCUGAAGUGGGUGAGCUUGUUGUGAAGAGAGCCAUUCUCUCCUUUCGCCGUCACUACCGCCGUCGUGAGAAGCAAUCCUGUUUGGCAACCGCCAUUUUCUUGGCUCAUUUAUUCCAUCAACAAAUGGUACACGAAUUGUUGAUUUUGCAAAUCCUUUCUCUUCUGUUGGAUGGGGAUCCGACAGACGAUUCUUGUGAGAUUGCAGUCCAGCUAUUGACCGUCUCUGGAAAUGCCCUGUUGGAGGUCAGUCCAGCCGGAGUGCGAGCUGUCCUAGAACGUCUUCGGUCGCUUCUUCAUGAAGGCUCACUCAACAAACGAGUCGAGUAUAAAAUGGAAAAGCUACUGGCUUUGCGAAAGACGGGUUUCCGUGAUUACCCUCCAGUACCAGAGGAUUUGGAUUUGGUCGAGAGCGACGACCAAAUUACAUUUGAAAUCAGUUUGGACGACGAAGAUAUCAGCAAGGAGGACCAUCUGGACGUGUUCAGGGUGGACCCAAAAUUCGCUGAAUCAGAGCAAGAGUGGAAGACAAUUCGAAACGAAAUAUUGGGAAUUGGUGGCAGCGAUGAUGAUAGUGGAGAUAGCGAUACUGAAAGCGGCGACUCUGACGAUGAAAGCGACUCUGAAGACGACGCUGGGGAAACUGUCCAGGCACCCCCUGCUGCCAAUAACGUUGUAGCAGUUCGGGAUCUCAGUGAAUCCGAUCUGGUUCACCUCCGCAGGUCUAUAUACCUCACAAUCAUGUCCAGUGCAACAUUUGAGGAAUGCACCCACAAACUGGCUAAAGUGGAUAUCCCAGAGGGACGUGAGGAAGAACUCAUUAACAUGCUCAUCGAAUGUUGCUCCCAGGAAAGGACAUUUCUAAGGUACUAUGGUCUCAUCUCGGCUCGGUUCUGCCUUUUGGACGAGAGGUGGAAAAUUGCAUUCAUGGAAGCCUUCACGCAGCAGUACAACACAAUCCAUCGGUUGGAGACAAACAAGCUUCGGAACGUUGCAAAGUUAUUUGCCCAUUUGCUGCAUACAGACGCAAUGCCUUGGACUGUCCUCAAUGUCAUUCAUUUGAAUGAAGACGAGACUACGUCCUCGUCGCGUAUUUUUGUCAAAAUCCUCGUCCAAGAGAUUGCUGAGGCAAUGGGGAUCUCCAAACUCAAGUCUCGUUUUGAAACGGAGGAUCCCGUUCACAUGGAAUGGUACAAGGGCAUGUUCCCAAAAGACAACAUUCGAAGCACAAGAUAUGCCAUCAACUUUUUCACUUCCAUUGGUCUCGGCCCAUUGACAGACGCGCUUCGCACGCACUUGAAAAAUGCUCCAAAACUCAUCAUGGCGCAAGCGCAGAAAGAUGCACUUGCAAAGAAGGAUGAUGAUGAUGACUCUUCUGUAUUAUCAUCCAGCUCAUCAAGCAGUUCUGACAGCAGCUCGUUGUCAUCUUCUAGUUCAUCUGGCUCCUCAUCGGACAGUGAUUCGAGUUCAUCAUCGUCGUCUUACAGUCGCCGCCGUCCAAGACGGCGUGGUCGCAGAAGCAAGAGGAGCAGGAGCCCUUCUUCUUCCUCCUCCGGUUCCAGCGACAGCUCGGGUAGUUCCCGUUCCAGACGGAGAAGCAAGAAAGGAAAAGAUAAGGAACGGAGGAGAGGUCGAUCGCCGUCCUAUGCUUCGGACGAAGAAAGCAGUCGUAACAGACACUCAAAACGACGCAGAACAGAAUCAUCGAAGCGAAAAGCCGGAGAAUCGCGGCGGUCUCCAGACUCGAAGUCCGACAAAGGCAAAAAGGACCGGAACACUCGAGGCAGUCGCUCGCGUUCUCGGUCACGUUCCGUGUCAGAUUGAUGAACGAGGAUUAUGGCAUAGACUGGAUUGAGCGGAACCCCGAUGCAAUUUGUCCUCGUUGAUGUUGUCCAAUCCAAAAAGCGGCGGGUAUGUGGUAGUGUUGAUAUCUAUGUUUAACCAAAAGAGGGAUCUUGCUCCAGAUACGGGUACCGGUACCGAACUCGUUUUCAUUCAUACUGUAGGCGAUUCAUCCUUAGGCUCGAAUUGCCAAAAAAAAAUUGCUGGACACAGGUCGGGUCCACCCUGUGCGUUUUGACGCUUUACAAUCUUACCAUUGCAACCAAGCUCUGUUCUUCCUUUCGUUUCUCUAGCUAGUAGUUUGAUUUUCAGCACUACGGUACCACGCAGCCCUCAUCAACCCUCCCCUUCGCAAGCACAAGCGAAGACAGAGUUCCUCGCCGUGGAAAGUAGACUGAUUGCAAGCAGUGAUUACGUGCGUCCUUGCCCCACAAACGAGACAAACCCCGCACUGUUCAGUUACACCUUGUGUUCCUCUGAUAGCGUGUUCCUCUUGUAUCUAUUGCGCUGUUUUAUAUGCACCCAAAUUCCAAGCUUCAUUCCGUCCUUCACAUGGGUUUUGCCACAUUCGGAGCUCAAGAAAAAGAGUCUGUGGAUUUUUGGCUUCUUUUGAGACGCUUGAGGAGCUUCCAAGGAUAAAGAUUCGGGACCAUCCAAUGACGAUACGAAUGCUACCGGUAUGGAUACGUACGGUACUGAUACAGAUUUGGAAGAACCCUCCUCCUACGAGUGGCGGCGCUUUCCCAUGGUGGCAAUAGUCUACCGUACUGGUAGAGGGUGGCAAUAUUUUGAAGCAUUCACCAACAUUUUCGUUUUCUUUAAAGAAAUUUAGAAAUGGCAAAACCAAGUUGAUCAUCCAAUCAAAAUCCAGCAUUCAACCCGAGUCCCAGUUCCCCACUGUGGAAAGAGAACGUCAACUUAUUGCUUUAGUUCCUGACCUGACGUCACACG